AUAAUAUAAAUAAGCUGCAACCGGCGCCACAUGCGCUGCACAUACAUAUGUAGAGAUUUAUUUUAAAGUGGAAUAAACUUCAAAGAAUAUGGCUUCACUUAUCAAGCUGGACACGGCUGCCAACAUAAAGCUUGUACCUCGCUUCUUUGUGACAAGCACACACUUGUUGCAACGCUACACCUGCAAAAUAAGCGCUUCUGUUGUGCCUGCCGUAUUGUCAGAUUUGGAACAGGCAGUUAUAAAGCCCCGUAAACAUCCGGGAAUUAUCAGGCCCAACCACAUCGAGCUUCCCCAGCAACUAAGCAACACAUUGAAGAGGAUCGUGGGCGAUCAUCCAGUGAGAAAAGUGCUGCGUGACAGUGUUUUGCUCAAUAGUUAUAUAAAGUCCCGUCAUCCGCCUCCAACAGCAUUAGAAAUUGAAAACAAGAAACGACUGAUUGUUGAAGAGGUCAAUUCCGAGAUGCCACUGGAGCGGCUUGCCACACUAAGUGCUGAGGAGGCGGCACGUUGGCAGCGCAAACGAGAAGUGAAGAUCAACAAACGCCUGGAUCAGCGAACAUACGCCUGGAAACGUAUCGAAUAUGGUGCCUACGAAGCUAUCGUUUAUGCUAUAGCAAGAGCAGCUCAAGAGUAUGCAGUCAUGAAGCGUGUACUCUCUGAGAUACAGAUGCGCGACGAUAAGUUCACGCCACGCAGUUACAUCGACUUUGGCUCCGGCAUUGGCACUGGAAUGUGGGUUGCUAGUGAAUUGUGGCGUGACAGCAUCUUUGAGUAUUACAAUGUGGACAGAUCACGAGAGAUGAACGAGCUGUCCGAGUUAAUACUGCAGCAAGGUCAGGAGAAUAAGCAGAUUGGAUUACGGAACGUUUUUUAUCGCCAAUUUCUGCCGGCCAUUGAUACCAAAUAUGAUUUGGUUGUCAUCUCACACACGCUCUUCGAGUUGGCCGACAAGCAGCAGCGCGAGGAGAUCCUGCUGAAUCUGUGGCGCAAAUGUGAUGGCUACAUGGUCAUUGUGGAGGAGGGCACGCGACGCGGCAGCGAGCUGGUCAAUGAAGCCAGACGAUUACUAAUUACUAAUGGAGAUGAACAUGUUGGCGAAACCUUUGCUCCCUGUCCUCAUGAUCUGCGCUGCCCGCGUCUCAGUAGUUUAGCUGAUCGUACGCCAUGCAAUUUUGAAAUUUCAUAUUCGCCUCUUCGACUCAGCUCGGAUUCAGCGGCAGAUCGCAAGACUUCAGUCUACAGUUAUGCCAUACUGAAGAAGGGCACAAUAGAUGAUAGCUCGCGGCAAUGGCCACGCAUAGUGCGCCCUACCUUGGUGCGAUCCAAGCAUUCAAUUUGUCGUUUAUGCACCGACGGUGGCAAACUACAAGAGGUCAUCUUCACAGCUUCUAAGCAUGGCAAAGCCGCUUAUAGCUGUGCUAGAGUUAGUCGGUGGGGAGACCGAUUACCCAUUUCCCUGGGUACGCCACAACCGAAACCCAGCAAUUCUAUCACGGAAUCGCAACAGUCAGCGAAGUCAACUGAAUUGACAUAGUUUUAACCAUGAUUUUAUAUCUCCCGCCCCUAUUAAUUUACAUUGUUACUUUGUCAGAAAAACUAUUACUUUAAUUAUAUACAAACAAACAAAUG